AUGGAGGCAAGAACAGGGUCGUCCUUGGACUUUGCCGUAUCGGGAGCGGGGGAUCGACUGGAAGGGCUGAUGAUCACAAGUCUUGGUGGUCCUGCUGCUACUGGGAGCGAGACACCGACAGGCAGAAGAGAAGAACGAUCCGAGGACGACGGCGAAGGUCACGCAGCGGAGCGCUCGGCCGGCUUUGUGGUCGUAGAAGCCCGGAGUCCUGAGGCGACGGGAGUUGUCAGCGGUGACCUUCUGGUAAAGGUCAACGACAUCCCCCUAUCUUCCAUCUCUCUGAACGAGUGGAUCGAGCAAUCAAUGGCGACAAUCUUGGCAACGCAUCAGCCCGCGUCUGAUUCUUCGACAGCCAGGUUGGCGAUCUUUCCGUUAGUGGACGUUACCAGCGACGGUGGCGGCACAAGCACGAAACAUCCGCAAUCGCAUCCAAGUAAUUCUUCCGCUUCCUCGGACGACGGUUUCGGCAAUCAGCGGUGCGCCGCCGCACAACUCAACGACCCAAUGUGCAUCGCGCUAGCUUCUGGCGAAGGACGACCCACAGCAGGAGCAGAUGCAGCAUCGCCGCCAGGAACCAUGGAAAAUACGGCGGGAUUUCGUCUCAAGGGUUUCCUAAAAGUUGAGCUGGUGGGCCUGGAUGGGGCUGAGGUUACGUUUCGCCCGGGAGAGGCGCGGAUAGCUGAGCUAAUCAAACAAAGGAACGACGCUGCAGCGGCAGAAAGAAAGGAGAAAGAACGCGCCCUCGCAGAAGCGAAGGCCUUGCUCGAGGCCGCUAAAAGGGAGAAAGAGGAAGAGGAUAGGAAGUUGGAGGCCGCCGCAAAGGCGAGGGAAGCGGAGCGAGCGAGAGAGCAGGCCGAGAUAGACAGGAUAGCGAACGAAAAGCGGCAGGAGGAAGCGAGGGUACGACGAGAGGAAGAGGCGGCCAAGCUUUCGGCCGAAAAGUCAAAGAAGGACAUGGCCAGACUGCGCAAGGAGGGGAAGGAGUUCACGUUCACCGCCGAGUACAAGGAAGUGGCGCCAAUGGGACUGACGUUCGAUCUAGCUAACCUUCUCGCUGUAGUCAGCGAAGUAACCGCAGGCGGGUUGUCCGACAUAGCCGGCGUCAAGAUCGGAGAUCACUUGGUACGAGUGAACGAGCGAGACACGUCGGAGAUGAAACCGACUGCGGCUCUUAAGGUGCGCGGAGAGUACCUGAUGCAAGCCCCAAAAGACUGGGGGGGGCUGCGCGGUGCUAGUGAGGAGGAUGUAGCACAGCCGUCGUGGUCUUGCGAGCCUCGUUCGAUGGCUCUAUCCGAUCCCCCUCCGGCAUGCCAGCGCAAUCUCAGGCUGCUGAGCGGGGGAGUUCAGGUCGGUGACGGACGAGAACCAGUAAUCGCUCUCGUCAAGCGCGGGGUUUGCACCUUCGUGGAGAAGGCCAAGAACGUCCAAGUCGCCGUUCUCAACGCCGUCGCUGACACAGCCGCACCCCCGCAAGACACGACCGCUCUUGCCGGAGAAGACGUAAUCACCAGCACCAAGGCUGCAGACUCCGCCGCCGCCGCUGCUGCUGCUACACGCAGCGUCUCUUCGGGGGAUAGUGGCAGCGGCGCUGGAGGCGCGAGCGGGGCAGCGGUGGUCGGGGGCGGGAUGGUGCUGCUGAACGGAGACGAUGCUCUGGCGGACAUGCCGGCGGGGAACCUGCUGACCGACGACGUUAACAUCCCGGUGGCGAUGAUUUCGCGGGGAAACGGGUCCAGCGUAGAGGCGCUUCUGUCCUGGGGAGUGGAAGUUCGAGCGGCCAUCUCUCCCUACGGCGCGUGCCCCCUGCCGUCCCCAACGCCAUCGGCAGAUGAGCAAGGGGCGAAAGCGAGAAAAGACGACGACGACGGCGGGCGGUUUCUUGUGCUGUCCAAAGCUCAGGGCGGGCGGGAGUUCAACUACCGGUUGGCGCGGUACGGCCCCGGAGUCGGGGACGCGGAAGCCUCUCCUGUCGCGAUCGCGGUGGCCGAUCCGAUUGACGGCUGCGAGGACAAGGCUUACAAGGUGCGCGUGUCGGGGAUGUUCGCGGUGGUGGAGAGGGGGGGCUGCUCCUUCAGCAUGAAGACUCUCGCAGCGCAGAGGGCCGGGGCUCUCGGCGUGAUCAUCGCCAACACGGCGGAGACCACCUUGAGGGUUAUGGCGGACCAGGGGGACGGGGAGAAAGCGCUCAUUCCCACGGUCAUGGUAAGCGCCACAGCGGGUGGAUUCCUUUCCGCCGCGGCGGCCGGGUCGAGUCGCAGCCCAAUCUUAGGCCGCUUCACGAGAGAAGCGUUUGAAGCGCGACGCGACUGA